AUGGCCAAGUGUCACCGGAACAAUGUCGACUCUCUCAUCCUUCACCGUAUUCCAUCCGCUUCUUCUUCCUCCACUUCCGGGAACUCCUUCUCUGGAUCGACACUCCGCUGGAUGAUUUUCGACGCCAUUAGCUGCGGCGGUAGCUCUCGUUAUCGACGUGAACUCCGAGAAGACGACGAUGAAGAUAAAACCUAUUUCACAAAACCGCAUGUCGCGACGAGUGAUUCGAAAUCUGAAAUAGGAGGGGAUGAUUUAGCAUCCGAGGGUGUAUUGACGAAAUCGGAGAAGCUAAGCGAUCUGUUAAACUUAGCGGCGACGGAAACUGGUGACGAGACGAAGAACAGGGAGGAGACGGUGGAGAUUCUGAAACGCGUGGUUAGGGAUUUAGUAGUGGAGUGUGGAGACGACGGCGGCGAGAAGAAAAUAGCGGCGGCUACUGAGGUUCGGUUGUUAGCGAAGGAUGACACGGAGGCGAGAGUGACGCUAGCGAUGCUCGGUGCGAUUCCACCGCUUGUUAGUAUGAUCGACGAUUCACCAAUCGAAGAUGCUCAGAUCUCUUCGCUCUAUGCUCUUCUCAAUCUCGGAAUCGGUAACGAUGCGAACAAAGCAGCCAUUGUUAAAGAAGGUGCUGUUCACAAAAUGCUGAAGCUAAUCGAAUCAUCAAAACCACCAAACCAAUCGAUCUCCGAGGCAAUCGUCGCGAAUUUCCUCGGGUUAAGCGCGUUGGAUUCAAACAAACCGAUCAUCGGUUCUUCGGGAGCGAUCAUCUUCCUCGCGAAAACGCUGAAAAGCUUUGAGGAAACAAACAGCUCGCAAGCUAGAGAAGACGCACUUCGAGCACUCUACAACCUCUCAAUCCAUCACCAAAACGUUUCCUUCAUACUCGAAACCGAUCUGAUUCAAUUUCUCUUGAACACAUUGGGAGACAUGGAAGUGAGCGAGAGGAUUCUCUCGAUCUUAACCAAUGUAGUAUCGGUUCCAGAAGGAAGAAAAGCGGUUGGAGCAGCGGUUGAAGCGUUUGCGAUAUUGGUUGAUGUUCUGAGCUGGAACGAUUCAACAAAAUGUCAAGAGAAAGCGAUUUACAUCCUCAUGUUGAUGGCUCACAAGGGACAUGGAGGUGAUCGGAGAGCGAUGAUCGAAGCGAGGAUCGAAUCGUCGUUGCUUGAGCUAACGCUCGUGGGAAGCGCGUUGGCGCAGAAGCGAGCCUCGAGGAUACUUGAGUGCUUGAGAGUUGUGGACAAAGGGAAGCAAGUCUCGGCUCCGAUCUAUGGAACAUCUUCGUCUUCUUCAAUGGGUAGAGAGAGAGGUGGUGAGAUUAGGAUGAGUGAUGAGAGAAAAGCUGUGAAGCUAUUAGUACAACAGAGUUUACAGAGCAACAUGAAGAGGAUUGUGAUGAGGGCUAAUUUACAACAAGACUAUGUUACUACUACAACUUCAGAGCAUUUUACAAAGAGCUUAACGUUUUGA